AUGUCAAGAACAAAUAGAAAUUGGAAAACUUUGUAUUCAUAUAAUACUGGAUUAAUAUAUUUACAUUUAAAGAAUAAUGAUUUAUUACAAUUACAAUUUGAUUUAGAUGGUCAAUUCAAUAAAAGUAAUAACUUGGUGAAUAAUCAACAAUUAACGACAUUACCUCCACCACCAUUGGGUACUUCUUUGUUUUUAGUUAAUGAUACAUUAUAUGGAUUGACUAGUACCAAUACUAGUUUAAAAUCAAAUUCUUGUGAAGAUGGAUCAAUUUCAAUUAUAAAAUAUUUAGAUGAUUCAUGGGAUAAUGAAAUAAAUUUAGAUAUUGAUGAUGGAUUUGUAGAUUCUUCAUUUUAUCAACAUUCAACAAUUUUAACUUCAGAUAAUGAAGAAACUAUAUAUAUUUAUGGAGGAGUAUGUUCAUCAACAGAAACAAUAACAAAUCGACUAAUAUCAAUCAAUUUAACUAAUGGAACAAUAGCUAAUAUUUCAACUUCUACUAAACCACAACCAUUUUAUGGAGCUUCAAAUAUAUUGGCACCUAAUUUACAAUCACAAUUAGUAAUUGGAGGUGAAUCAAAUCAAGGUUGGUUAAAUAUGUAUCAGUUAGCUACAUGGAAUUUCGAUUCAGGAUGGUCUUUUAAACAAGUCCAUUCAAGUACAUCAGAAUCAACAACUGUAAAUACUCGAGCGUUUCCAUUAACAUUACCAAUUUUUAAACCAAAUUCAAAUAUAAAUAAUUUUAAUAUAGAUCAAAUAUUAAUGAUUGGUGGUGAAAUGAAUGAUAAAAUUAGUUCACCUAUAUAUUCAAAUUUACAAAUGAAUACAAACACAUGGCUGUGGAAUUCAGAUAUACAAAAUAAUAUAAAUUUUGAUGAAAUAUUAGGAGCAGCUACUAUUUUUUCAACUUUAGUGGUAAUUAAUUCUACUACUGAUUUGAAAAAUAAACGAAUGACAAGCCAAGGGUAUCAGAUCAAUCUUUAUGAUGCUGAAACGUUUAAACCUGUUGAAGAUGUCAAAACUAACACACAAAUACCGAACAAAAGUCCAACUUCAAAUAGUAGAGAGAAAAUAAUACUUGGUACAGUAAUACCAAUAUCAAUAGUUUCAUUAAUUUUAGGUUUACUACUAUUUUAUUAUUUCUACAAGAAACGAAAUUCACAUCAAAAAGAAGAUGAAAUACCAUAUAAUGAAAUUGAUUAUAAAUUUGAUUAUUUAAAUCAACAACCUCCUUCAAUACAUGAUAAUCCAAUAUAUAUACAUUUAGAUAAUGAUUCAAGUUCAACAUUAAGUGGAGCAGGAUCAAUGGAUUCAUGGAAAAGAAAAAGAUUAGAUUUUGAUAACAAUAAGAAAUUAAGAAAUAGUUAUUUAGCUUCAAAUGAAACUUUAAAUAUAAUUGAUGAUGAACUGAUUGAAAAUCCAACAACUUUAGAUCCAGUAGUAAUACAUAAAUCAGUAAGAAAUUUAAAGAAAUCAUUUAGUUUUACAAAUACUCCUCCAACUUCACCAACUUUACAAAAAGAUACACCAACACAACCAAAAUUAAAAAGUUUAAGACUAACUAAUUCUGAACAAUUACUACCUAAUUCCGAACCAAAUGAUAAUGAAUCAUUUUUAAGUGAUGAUGAUAAUCAAAAUAUUGAUGCUCAAGUAUUAGUAAGUAGUAAAAGAAGAUCUAUUUUAAAAAUCAUGAAUCCUGAUAUGAAUGAAGAUAUAGAAGAUAAAUUAAGACAAAGAAUACCAUCAAAUGAGAAUAAUAGACGGUGA